AUAAGCAAAACUUGUCGUAUGCAGCCCUGAUUCUCGUUUUAUCUAUCCACUCAGUCGCACAACCCUCCAUCAAAAUCCCCCUUUUCUUAUCCCUUUCACUCUCCUCUCAAAAACCCCCAUAAACCCUCUGAAUCCUUACAAAUCAACCAUGGGAGGAGGAAAGCAAGAAUUAAUGGUGACAGAACCAAUAAAGAGUUUGAUACAACAAAACCCAAUUGUCCAAAUUCAAUCCAAAUUCAAAGAAAUGGAAAUUCACCUUAAAACUUGGCUUUCUAAACAAUCUCUUCCUGUUGAAGCUGCUGUUGUUACUGCUGGUGGUGCUGCUCAAGGCGCCCUUAUUGGUGCUCUUAUGGGAACCUUUUCUCAAGACUUGCCUUCUUCUAUGGUGCCUCAACCUGCUCCUGGUCUUGACCCUAAGGCCAUGGCUACUAUUCAACAAGCUCAGGCUCUUUCAGGGGGUCCAUUGGUUCAAGCUCGCAAUUUUGCUGUUAUGACGGGCGUCAAUGUUGGCAUCUCUUGUGUUUUAAGGAGAGUGAAGGGGAAAGAGGAUGUGUGGUCUAGUAUGAUAGCAGCAUUUGGUUCUGGAUCAAUGUUUGCUUUGGUUAGUGGCAUGGGUGGUCCAAACCAACUACCCAAUAUGAUCUCGUCUGGAAUUUUCUUUGCCCUUGCUCAAGGUGGUAUUUACAAGCUGGGAGAAAAGUUCUCUAAGUCGCAAGUGCAAGAGGAUGAUCCAUUUUAUGCAAAAACAAGAAGCAUGUUAAUCAGGCUUGGCCUCGAGAGCUAUGAAAAAAACUUCAAAAAAGGACUGCUUAAUGACCGUACAUUGCCAUUGCUCACCGAUAGUGCUCUUAAAGACGUAAACAUCCCUCCAGGUCCAAGACUUAUAAUUCUCGACCAAAUCGAAAGGGAUCCAGAGCUGAAGGAGAGGCGAAGAAGUUAAAGUAAGCAACCUACGCGGGUUUCAAACUAAUUAGGCGAUCCACGGAGUCACAAUAUUGGUAGGAAGGCAUUGAAAUCUUGUAUGUAGUUAUUUCUUUUUAAAGGGUAGAUUGAGGCUUUGAAAUUUUCAUUGAAUGUGAUGUAUUUACAUUAAAUUAUGCUAUAAAUCAGACCAAUUAGGUUUUUGACAGUAUUAUUCUGAAUUCAGUACAAAUAAAAGCAGCAUAAUUGAGUUA